AUGACAGAUCUGGCACCAACUAACCAACUAAGAGAAUUCAGGUCGAUCGUGGCACCGCAAAUGGCAGAACAUAAAAUGAUGAGAGAAUAUCCCGCUCCUCCGGGGCUAUCCGACAAGGACUUGAAGAAAUUUUACAAUAAGAAGAUGGUUAUAUGGGAUAAUAAUUAUUCAUACGUCAAUCUUCCUAUAGCUUGUAUCGUUGGAAUAAUGUAUGGUGAGAAAUUAUCGAUCAGUUGGGGAAACCCUACUUCCUGGUCAUAUUUUACGUUCAGGUCGAUCGUGGCACCACAAAUGGCAGAACAUAAAAUGAUGAGAGAAUAUCCCGCUCCUCCGGGGCUAUCCGACAAGGACUUGAAGAAAUUUUACAAUAAGAAGAUGGUUAUAUGGGAUAAUAAUUAUUCAUACGUCAAUCUUCCUAUAGCUUGUAUCGUUGGAAUAAUGUAUGGUGAGAAAUUAUCGAUCAGUGGCUACAGCGACUGCUAUGGAAGGAAGAUACCUCUUCUGGUGGGGAUCGCAAGUGUGCUAGUGGAAAACGCAAGUGAGAAUUUCAGAAAAUUUAUCAAGCUUCUUUCAGUGAGAAUUCUUAUUUGGUCUCCUUCGACCGACAUCUCCUUGUAUUGGUUCUAUCCAACAGCCAUCGUCACAGGUCUCAUGGGUGACUUCUUUCUAACGAUGAGUUGCGUAAAUGCAUAUGUUGCUGAUCGAUUUGAUGACGAAAAAGUUCUAUCGACAAGGAUGAUUGUUGUGUCAAUAAUGUUCAGCCUUGGUGCCUUCAUCGCCUCUCAGAGCACAAAAGCUAUAUUGAAUGGAAUAUCAUCAACAGCUUUGCUUGUAAUUGUAGAAGGUGAAUUGAAAGUUAUCAAGCUUCUUUCAGUGAGAAUUCUUAUUUGGUCUCCUUCGACCGACAUCUCCUUGUAUUGGUUCUAUCCAACAGCCAUCGUCACAGGUCUCAUGGGUGACUUCUUUCUAACGAUGAGUUGCGUAAAUGCAUAUGUUGCUGAUCGAUUUGAUGACGAAAAAGUUCUAUCGACAAGGAUGAUUGUUGUGUCAAUAAUGUUCAGCCUUGGUGCCUUCAUCGCCUCUCAGAGCACAAAAGCUAUAUUGAAUGGAAUAUCAUCAACAGCUUUGCUUGUAAUUGUAGAAGGUUUGCUGUUCGCUACUUUCAUUGCUGGUAUACUCAUCCUAUCACAGAGCAGACCAAAAAAGAGAUUAAUUGAUAUCGAUGAACAAGAAGAACAGAGGGAAGUGCAGAGUGCUAGCUGUUUGGAAUUGACGAAGCUAUCAUUCUAUUCUAUAUAUGAAUCAAUGAAGAUUUUCGUCAUUCCACGUGAAGGACAUCGACGACUUUUUCUUUACUUGUCAUUUGGUGCUAAUUUCCUUGAUCAACUAUCUUUUGGUGAAGAAAAAAGCCUGAUCGGCACCUAUACUCUUCUGUCGCCAUUCAACUGGACCAAAGACGAGUACGCUAAUUACAAAUCUUUGAGGCCCAUUGUUCGUGAGUUUAGGCCUACGCGCUUCCCACACGUUCUGGAAAUUCAAAAUGCUAGCUGUUUGGAAUUGACGAAGCUAUCAUUCUAUUCUAUAUAUGAAUCAAUGAAGAUUUUCGUCAUUCCACGUGAAGGACAUCGACGACUUUUUCUUUACUUGUCAUUUGGUGCUAAUUUCCUUGAUCAACUAUCUUUUGGUGAAGAAAAAAGCCUGAUCGGCACCUAUACUCUUCUGUCGCCAUUCAACUGGACCAAAGACGAGUACGCUAAUUACAAAUCUUUGAGGCCCAUUGUUCAAAUUGUCGGCAUGUUUUUUGGAAUAUUCGCCCUGAAAAGGUGGUUGAAACUUCGUGACACUUUUAUAAUCUGCUUAGCAAUUGGAACUCUGGCCAUCUCACUCUUUAUGAUUGGACUAGCGCAGGCUUCAUGGUUGAUCUUUGCCAGCCUCGCUCCUGGAAGCCUUCACGGUCUACUCAAUCCAUUGACCUAUACAUUUUUGUCAUGUUUGAUCGGACGUGAUGAAAAAAUUCGAUUUACUAUAGAUGAGUUUGAUCGGGCAAAGCAUUUCUGCAUCAGUUCAAUUGCGCAAAAGCUUGCUGGAUUCGCUCAGACUGCAAUCCUUCAAAAUAUCUACAUUGCCACACUGAGCUGGUACCAGGGUUUUGUCUGGCUGGUUAUGGGUGGAAUAUGUGUGGUCGCCGUCGGAAUCUACGGCUUCGUUCACGUCGUUGCUAAGCGUGAAAAGAUCGGAUCUUGA